CCCCAUCACAUGCACCCUCUCCAGCACCCAGACAGCAGAGCGCUUGAGAGCGUCUGGUUCCCGUGCCGUCGGGUGCCCUUAUUUAUGUCAUUUCACAUAAAUAUCUUACCUAAAGGGAGAUCAUGCAGGGCUUUUAUUCUGCAGGAGUAUGUUAAAUCCUUGCUUCCUUUAUGCCCAUGACGUGUUCCAGAAAAGUUAAGUAUCGAUGAGAUUUUUGCAUGUUAAAUCACAUUUUAAGUCGAACAUAGGCAAGGCUUGCAAAUUAAGGUGCAGCAAAUCUCUGAACCUCAGUUUCCUCAUAAGAAAAAUGGGUUUAAUCAUUUCUGCCCCAGCUAGCUCGCAGGGCUGUUAAGAGACUUGUGCAAUUAAAUUUUAAUUUCGUGGGUAUACUUUGUAAACCUGCAGAGCACUUUAUUCCAUCCAAGUAAUGUUGUUGUUAAAAUGAAAACAUGGUUGGCCAAGUAAAUUAACCACUUCCUAAUGGAAAUUCUCUGAGAAUUCAAUUUUCCUAUAUUCAGUUGGCUAAGAUGAAGGUUAAACCUAUACAUUUUUCAAAUCCAGGCAGGCAGGGAUGGCAUCUCAGUAAGCCUUCUGAGGCUGGAGGAGCACUUUGCUGUUGCCCCUGGCUAUGACUCGCUAUCGGCAGUAAAGAGCAUCCUGUCUGAAGAUGUCCAUUAAAACCUUAAUUUCGGGGCAUCAGUUAACCUUGAGACCCCACUCUAUCUUCACCCUGAUCAUGAGAGCAUGGGAGCAUCAAUAAGAGCGUGAGAAUAGGGAAAAUCCCCACAGCCUCCUUAGGUGUGGCCCCUGGUGUCUCAGCAUGUUCUCCAUCCCAAACACACAGGGAGUUGUAGGACCAGACAGACAUGUGUGUGGGGUUCCCCCCUCAAUGGAGAAGCUGCGUGCCGCACAGAGUUCUUCUCUUUGUACACAACAUUCUGAGGCAAAAUGGAAUGAUUGCCACUUGGGAGGGAACUCAUUUUAUUCAAAUAACACCACCAAACAGCAAGAUUUAUGGCACGUCUUUCUGGGAAAGUGCUCGGCAGCAAUCAGAGGCCUGUCUGUGUUCCUGCCCCCUUGGGACCGCCUGCAGGCACAGUCAUAGCUCAACUAUGAGAAUAUAUGACAAGUGCACUGGAGAGUGUGGUUUAUAAAUUAUUUUCUGACGUUGUCUAUGGAGAUGAGCCUACAGUUGGGGUGGGUGGUGGCAGGAUGCAAGAUCAAUGGUGGGUGCGUCCUCGCCAGACAUUUCAAAGACCUUGGAACAUAGCUUUCCUCUCAGAGAGAGACCAGUAUUCACUCAUCAAUCAAUAUACUUUUACUCAGUGUCUCUUCUGGGCAAACCAUCCUCUGAGACGAUGUGGAGGAGACCCCAAAAUAUUUCCAACCUAGACCAGGAGCUCUCACUUUAGUUGGAAACGUAAGGCGUUCUCAUGGCUAAAGAUAAGGGCCCAGAAGAGAAAUAGGAGGAAUAAGCAGCUAACACGGUCCCGUCUCCUGCCAGGAUUGAGGCACUCACAUUGUCCUGUUUGACUGUCAUCACCACAAGGUAACAUCUUCAUCCCACUUUAUGGAUGGAAAUACUAAGAGCAGAGAGGUUAAGUGACUUGCUCAAGGUCCCACAGCUGGUAAGUGGCAACAAAGUGUCCGUUCUUAGUCUGCUUAAUUCUGAUGGGGCCAGAAUGGAAGUGAAGGUUUCAAAUUGACCUCCCUAUUGAUUUUGUCGUGGAUAAGCACCAAUUUUAGAAAAAAAAAAUAACAUUUGGCUGUACUUCCUCUUAUUCAAUUUACUUAAGAGGUGGGGCUGAAGAACCAUGCGCUCUAGAUCUGAAGCUUUAAUGUCCUUUUCUGUUGAUAAACUAUAUUUCUAAGCAAACAAUUGUUCUCGUCCGUUUGCAUUUCCACGGCCAGAUCUCUGUCUCUUUCCUGCCUGAGUACUCCCUUCCCCCACUGACAUCUUCCCACAUGCCUUUUGCUUCUCCCUCUCUUUGCCUCCCCUCACGCACACACAAAUUCAGACACACACCUUCCCACUACACACCCAAAUGCGAAAUAAAAUUAGAAAUACCAUCCGACUCUCAAGGUAUUUAGGGAAUGGAGAUCUUCAAUCAAUAGAGCCAAAAUCCAGCGCUCCAGGCUCCCUCCCUCCCAAGCCAGUGCAAGAGGCAGGCAGAGCUUGUGAAAAGGGCCCAGGCAGCCAUGAUCUUGACACAAAACAGCUCUAAAAGGCAAAAGGCCAUCUGUGCUUCCCUAUGUCUGCCCUGUGGCCACUGGAACUUGCAGGGCUACCAGAUUAGCGGGGGAUGACGCCUAGCAAGCUGUUCUCUUGCUUCCGUGCAAGACCGUGUCAGAACACGAAAAGGUUUCCUGGCCCCCUUUUUAUUUUGAUGUACACUGAUAAAAUACAGAGAAAACAAAAUAUGUUUUGUUCAUAUUCAAAAAUCCAGGCUGAGCUGAUAAGCAUAUGGUCCUCGUUUUAAGGGAUUGCUCUUGUUUUAAUCAACCAGUUGAGAAAGUGAUGAACAAUUAUUUAUUUACGAUGCUCGCCUUCAUCCAGAGGAGUGAAACAGGGCAGGUGGGUGAGCCAUGACAGCCCAGGAAACUGAGGAACUGGGUGCCAAUACUCCUGCAGUGUUUCUAAAGCUAUUUUUACUCCACCUCCAUCCCCUCCAUCUGACACACACUGGCCAGGGGUCCCCCCCUCCUACUGCGUCUCAGGACCCACCUCGGAAUAGUGGAGAUGGGAAGAGGAAGGAAAAAGGAACAGGGAGAGGGGAUACGGCUCCAGGCAGAAGCUCCCAGCUCAAGCUCUGUAUCUGGAUAAACCCCUCUGUGUCCUCUCUUCCCCGGCAUCAGAGCUCCCCCUGGGUCUCAGGAUGAGGCCCGGUUGUGCAGAGGCCGGGAGCAGGCGCAUUAGUUCAAAUCCAGGCUCUGUCACUUACCCGCCACAUGACCUUGGCGUGUGACUGAGCCCUUCUGUGCCUCAACCUCCUCAUCCACACGAUGGGGGUCAUCGAGCUUCUGCUGAGAGGAUUAACAAAGCUGCCUUAUGCUAAAGGCUUAGCACGCUGCCUGGUACAUAGGAAGGGCCCAAUUACUAGUGCCAAUCAACACAAACUAAUACUCCAAUGGUGCUUACCAUGGGCAGGCCCCGUUUAAGGGCUUUACAUAGAUUGCCACACAGUCCUCACAUCUCUGUUCUACAGAUGAGGAAACUGGAAUCUGAAGAUCACACAGUAGUGAGUGCUGGAUAUUCAGACCCAGGCAGACAGGCUCCAGAGUCGGGGUUCUCAACCUCUCUGUGCACAAUGACGCUGAUCUUUAUGGGUGUUGCCCCUGGCAAGCUGAGCUCUCAAACCCCCAGGCUUCCCUCGGUCCGAGAGCGAGAGCGGAGAGCAGGGAGGGUUGUCCGCCACAGCGGGGAGGGACGGAGCAGAAGCAUCCCUCUGCAUGAUGUGGCUAGAGCAUCCACAUCAGGGCCGAAUCCAGAGCCUCCAGCUGGAACCGGCGGCUGAAGCCAGGCAGGGUUCCCCAGCCCUCUCCAGGGGAAUGAGGGGAGGGGGGGCAGGUCCGAGAUGCUGAGAGAGGUGGCCAGAGCGCCGCCCCCAGGAGGGGAGGGAGGGGUGGCGGGGCUAGGGGGUGCCCAGCUGCCAUCCCCGCCGCCUCCUGGCCCCCACUCGCUGGCGCCCAAGUGGGAGGACGGCAGCUGCCCGCUCCCUCCUCCCCGCACCCCCGCUACCUGCCCAGUCCCCGAAGCGAAGCGUGAGGAGGCUGCGAGCCAGCAGGGCCGAGCCCACAACUUUGCAGCCUCGGGGAGGGCGAGAGCCGGCGUCCAGGGCUCCUCUUGUCCGCGACCGGAGCUCGGAAUGUAAUCCAGGAUGCUGGCCCUGAGGCUGCUCAACGUGGUGGCCCCCGCCUACUUCCUGUGCAUCUCCCUGGUGACCUUCGUGCUGCAGCUCUUCCUCUUCCUGCCCAGCAUGCGCGAGGACCCCGCGGCCGCCCCGCUCUUCUCGCCGGCGCUGCUCCACGGGGCGUUGUUCCUGUUCCUCUCAACCAACGCCCUGGGCAAUUACGUCCUGGUCAUCCAGAACUCUCCGGAUGACCUGGACGCCUGCCAGGGGGCCUCGGCCAAGAGGGCUCCAUGCCCCCCGCCCAGCACCCACUUCUGCCGAGUGUGCGCCAGAGUCACCCUGAGGCACGACCAUCACUGUUUCUUCACCGGCAACUGCAUCGGCAGCAGAAACAUGCGCAACUUCGUCCUGUUCUGCCUCUACACCUCCCUUGCCUGCCUCUACUCCAUGGUGGCCGGCGUGGCCUACAUCUCUGCCGUCCUUUCCAUCUCUUUCGCCCACCCCCUGGCCUUCCUCACGCUCCUUCCCACCUCCAUCAGCCAGUUCUUCUCUGGAGCUGUCCUCGGUUCUGAAAUGUUCGUCAUCCUCAUGCUCUACCUCUGGUUUGCCAUCGGCCUGGCCUGCGCCGGCUUCUGCUGCCACCAGCUGCUGUUGAUCCUCCGGGGGCAGACCCGCCAUCAGGUGCGGAAGGGGGUGGCGGUGAGGGCCCGGCCCUGGCGCAAGAACUUACAGGAGGUCUUCGGGAAGAGGUGGCUGCUGGGCCUGCUGGUCCCCAUGUUCAAUGUCGGAGGUGAGAGCUCAAAGCAGCGGGACAAGUAGCAGGCACUCCCAUCAUUUCUAUGUGUGUGUGUCUUGAUACCUCCUGAACGUUAGACCACGGCAUCCUCGUCUCCACCCAUGACCCACUACGACCUCGUGCUGGUAAGGUCCUAGCAUCUACCCCUGGUCUGUGACACAUAGAGAACAGUGUUGGCUGGUGGAUCAUGACAAGGAGGAAAAAUGACUGCCCAGGCAUUGCUAGGCUCCCUGCAAGCCAGCCAGGUGGCUGCUAACUGUUAGGAGAACUCUGCUUUUGUUUCUUCUGUUGGGGUCCCCGCUUUCCCCUUCUGCCUGGCUCGUCCACUCUCUAUCAUGUCUCAUGUCAUCACUGCUAUCUGCUAGCACUCUUCCUCUUAGCCCCACGUUGGGAAUUGGGAGUGAAUUCUUGCUGCUGGUAUGAUGCUCCCAGGGACCUGGAGGCUGGCAAAAAUGUUUAAAAUUACCAUGUCUGAGAGGCAGCCAAAUCAGCUCUACCAACUGCUGGAGACAUUGGGAAAGGAGGGGAAUGUGUCCUUAUGCCCUCUGUGCAGUUGUGGGCAGUGGGAGGGAAAAAGAACUUAGUAGUUUGCUGUCCAUCCCCCUAAGUUGCAAGACCCCUUCUCUGGGAGACAGCAGUCAAUGGCCUGGGACUUCCAGCUGCUGUCCCCUGUCUGCCCUGCACCCGCUGGCCACCCCAGCCCGGCCCAGGACCUGGCUGGAUGCUUCCUUUCCUUGGCACUCUUUCAGCCCUUUCCCUUGGACUCCAGCCUCCGGGUCUUUGCUAGAUGCUGGGAAGGGAAGGAAGAAGGGAGAAGGAAAGAGGAGAUACUGAUCAAUGAAGUUGGCAUGUGACUGCAUACGUGUAUAGAAGGGGACGGGUGUGUGUGGUGGGGGGUGGGGUGGAGAGAGAUAAUGAAGAGUGCAAUAUGAAAACAGGGGAGGAAUGCUUAGGGGAGGGGAGGAGAGAGCAUCACAGACAUUGGGGAAUAAGAAUGAGAGAGGCAAAUGGGUUCCUUUCUGCCCUGUAUAAAGGAUAUUCUAGCAGCUAAAGCUGUUGUGUUUACAUGGCUGCCUGGGGAGGUAGUGAGUGCCCCCAAGACUGGAGGUAUUCCAGACACAGGGACUAGGCAGUCAUCUGGCAGGCAUGCCAUGGAAAGAAUUUCUGCACAGGGUCAGGAAAGGGAAGAACUCUUCCCACCCCACAAUUCUAGAGUCCUCUUCACAACCGCUAGGUCCAGAGGCCAGGUCUGCUGAGAUGCCUGUGAGUUAUGCACUUUCCUGGAGGGUGGGGCAUGCAUGGAGGGGUCUGAAAAUCAUGAUGCAAACUUCCAGGACCCUACCAAGCCACCAAGGAGAGGGUCUGUGGAGAGACAGGACUGCGGGGUGUUAAUGAUAGUUGAAGGCGUUAGCAUUUGAGGACAGGGAAAUGGAGCAGUGUCAGGGGCAGGUGGGGCCAGGGGUAGGGAGAGCAGAGCUGGAAGGUCAUGCUCAACUCUGAGAGGCAAGAUUGGGAGAGUUGAAGCUGGAAUGGGGGAGACCAGAGUUCAGGGGUGCAAUUGCCAGACCAGCCCCACUUAUCUGACUGGCUUUGUUUAGGGGCACUGCUCUGUGUCCUGGGGACCUAGAGGACCAGACCCCUGGGGCAUAUUAGGGAGUGGGGACAACACAAGUGCCCCCUCCUGACUGAGUCCCAAGGCCAGUCUGCCAUCCAUGCGGGCAGCAGAGCUGAAGCCCACGCUCUACAGUGUCCAGCUAGUGGUCACAGUGACCCCAAGUGUUGCCAAAGGACACCCUGAGUUCUUGAGCCCAGCGUGGGAGAACUUAACCCUGAUCCUGCCUCCACGCCCCCGAGAGAGGUAAUGUAAUGAGGACUCCACCAGCUCCUGCUUCUCCCUCCCAUGUUCAUUCAUUCAUGCCUCCUACAUAUAUUUAUUGAGCACCAACUAUGUCGCGAGUCUCUUCCAGACAGUGACAUACAGUGAACAAGAGAACAAGAUCCCUGCCAUUGGGGCAUCUUGUCACUGCCCCCAUGCAGGGACUCCCACUUCCUGAAAAAUGGUCACUGCCACCUUGGUGGUCAGCAGGGCAGGUCACUUGAAGGGGAACAAUAUGCCAGAGAGGGUUGAAGGGGAGCCCAGGCUGCCUGGAUGAAGGAGUCAUUAGGGGGCAUCCUCACCCCCAAUUCUGGCCAUACUUAAGGAGCAGGAGUGGAAGAGGAGAGGGGAAAGGCCCUGGGUAGUCCAGGCCUUGGCUCUCUUCUGGCCCCAAAGCUCUAGCUUGGAAGCUAGCCCUGCCAUUCCCAGCUUCUUGGAGCCUCAGCACUGUGAGGCUUGAUGUCAGAGAAGAGAGAAAAGGGAAACCUACAGGGGUCGGCUCCGUGCUGAUGGCCAGUGGGGGCCAGUGGGAGGCUGCCGGGCGUGGGAUCGAGUGGCAUUUGUACACAUGGUCUGUACUGUCGAUGAAGAACAUCAAUAAAAUAUGUGGUUUUAAAUUGGA